GUGAAAAAAUUCAUUUUUAAAACAGAAUUCAACGAGAACGGUACCAAUCAGAAUAAAAAAACCCACAAACAAAUUCAAAUAUACGAGCAAUAUUCAUAACUACAGCAACAACAGUACAGUGAAUUGCAUUAUUUAAUUGGAAGAUUAAUUAAUUAUGCAAAACAAUUAAGUGAAGUAGAGAAAAAGAAGAAAAACACGAGUUUUUUUUUAUUUAAUGUGUAACGAAACAAGUAUAAAAACAACAAUAAAGUGCAUUCAACUAAAGUUCACUAUAAUAAGAAAUUGUUUCGAGAAAAAUCGAUUAAAAUUGUUAUAAAAACGAAAUAAAUUUAUGAUAAAAACCAACUGUCAAAGAAAAAUUGUGGCAGUGAAUUUUAAACACAGAAAAUCAUUAAUAUUUCAAAGACAAUUUUAAGGAAUUGAAUAAUAAAAUUACAUAACCUUCAUAAAGAUCUUGAAAACAAAUUUAAUAGAAAAAAUUUUAGUAUUUGGUGGCCACAAUUACAAUAAUAAAAUAAAUAAAUAAAAAUAUAACAACAACAGCCACAAAAAUAAAAAGCUCUUGUGUAAUAAUAAGAAAAUCUUUGGCAGAAUUUUAUUUCCCAAAUAAAAGCAAAUAAACUUUGAAAAAAACUUGAAAAUCAGCAAAUAAAAAAAGUGAAAUAACUUGAAAAGAAAAUUUAUAGAGAUUUUCUUUUAAUAAAGAAAAAGCGGCUUGACAACAUGUAAGCGGUCAAGUCCGUCUCUAAAUUUAGCAAAACUAAAUAUAAAGCGCCAGAUACAUUAACUUUGGCCAAACCUUUUAAGAAAACACGUUUUUGUUUUUUUUUUAAAUUUCGAGUCGGUCACACCUACAACAAAAACAUAAAAACCUUAACCAUUUCUAUGCUAUAUAAUUUAUGGCGUAUUGCUAAAACAAAAAUAAUUAAGGAAAAUAUUUUCACCACUUUAGCAGACUUGCACUUUUUGUUGCCUAUAUUUUUUACAAUUUACACAUAUUUUCGCCAGUUCUUUAUUUUUUCGUGUUUUGUUUUGAUACGUAAAAAAAACACAUUAAGUGCGUGUGUGUGUGAGUUUAAAUUGUUAAAAAAAACAAUAAAAACAAAAAACUUUACAAAAACAACAUUGAUUGUAUUAUCAUCUGUAUUUACCGGUUCUUUUUGUGCUUCUGUUUAUUUUACUCGCGUUUUAUGCUCGUCGUUCGUGUGUAAAAGCCAGUGCAAUAGUGUGCGUGUGUGUUUUUUUUUGCUGCACUAUUCGUUUGUUUUUUUUUAAGAAGCCGGGUUUCUUUUUUUGUUUUGAAUAUCAAAAACAAAACAAACGACAUUAAUAACUAUUUUAUUUGUUUUUAUUGCUGUUUACUCACCUUUAAAGAACAAAACAACAAUUUUGGCAUAUUCUCGCUUAUAUAAACACACUUUUACAUAAACACACUCUCCCAGCAGCAAACAAUUUGCGUAUUUUGUUUGUUGAUUAAUUUUGGACAGUAUUUUGAAAGGAUUUAAAUUUGAGCAUGUCCCAAGGACAAAGGGAUACGAUUAUUCAUUUAGUAGCUGGCGGAACUGCUGGUACAGCUGGUGCCGUUGUAACAUGUCCCCUAGAAGUUGUUAAAACUCGUUUACAAAGUUCAACAGCAUCAUUUCAAACACCGCCACGAGUUGUUGAAAAUCCCGGCUCCACAAAUGCAUCCUCCGAAUUACUCAGACCUGAACAGAGACGUAAACUCAGCACAACGAUAUUGCGCAACAGGUCCCAACCACAGGUGAUUGGGGGUGUUCGUAGGUUUUUACCAAAAUAUUUCCAGAUAAUGGCAAUUUCACAUUGUGGCAUCUCAUCAUCAUCUACAAAAAGUAUGAGCAUAAUACAGUGUCUCAGACACAUAGUACAAAAUGAAGGACCCAAAGCAUUAUUUAAAGGUCUUGGACCGAAUCUCGUUGGUGUUGCACCAUCACGUGCCAUAUACUUUUGCACAUAUUCACAAACCAAAAAUUUCCUCAAUAACUUAGGAUUAAUACAACCUGAUUCACCACAAGUUCAUAUUGUAAGUGCAGCUAGUGCCGGUUUUGUUUCCUCUUCCAUAACAAAUCCAAUUUGGUUUGUUAAAACACGUUUGCAAUUGGACUACAAUUCCAAAGUUCAAAUGACCGUCAGACAAUGUAUAAAACGUGUUUAUACUCAGGGUGGUGUUGCUGGCUUUUACAAAGGUAUUACCGCCAGCUAUUUUGGCAUCUGUGAGACCAUGAUACAUUUUGUUAUCUAUGAAUUUAUCAAAUCGAAAUUGAUUGAACAACAAAAUCUCCGCCAAAAUAAACAUCAUUCGGAUACUUCAAAGACCACAAGAGAUUUUCUUGAAUUUAUGAUGGCUGGAGCCAUAUCAAAGACUGUUGCCUCAUGUAUUGCAUACCCGCAUGAAGUUGCGCGAACGCGUUUACGUGAAGAGGGUAGUAAAUAUAAUAAAUUUUGGCAAACCUUACACACGGUAUGGAAGGAAGAGGGUAGAGCUGGUUUAUAUAGAGGCUUGGGUACACAACUUGUUCGACAAAUACCAAAUACUGCUAUAAUGAUGGCAACCUAUGAAGCUGUGGUUUACGUAUUAACACGACGUUUUAAUAAUAAAAGUAAUGAAUUCUAUGAUUUUUAAAAUAACCUAUUUCCUUAUCCUUUAGCUAGGCUUAACAAAGUUUUAAAACAUUAAAAGACAAACUUACAAAGUUUGUUUGUUUGUGGUGGUACCAUUAUUUGUUUUGUAGCAGAAGACUUAUUUUGAAACAACAAAGAGGUGAACUUUUAAAACCCUCAAAACAAUAGUGUAACACCACACUACUGUUUAUUUGGUCUUAAAUCAGACCAACAUUUUUUGAAACCAAAAGAAAUCAUAUUUAUACAAGUACAUAUAUGUAGAUUAUGAGCGCUAAAUUGUAGUUUUAGUUGAAAAUAAAUAAUAAUAAUAAAAAUACUUACACCACAAAGUUGCUAUGCAACUUUAAAUUUAAACAAUAAUAAUUUAAAUUAAAAAAUACUGCUUUCUUAAAACAGAAAAAUCUGUAUAUUGAAAAAAAACAUACCAACGAAAUUAUUAUUGAUCUGAUUGAAUAAACUAAAUUUUAGUUAAAAAAAGGAAAAGCAAAAAGCACAAAAACUUAAUAAAAAUAAUGGCUUUUUUAAUAAAAAAUACAAACAACAACUUAACUAAAAUCUUUUCGAAAACGCACGAAUUAGUUUUUAAGUUUCAUUUCGAAAUAUAAUUGUAUUUCGAGGAAAGCUUUCUUGGUAUUAAUUAUUUAUAAAACAUCUAAUUUUAUUUAAAAAACAAAAUAAACACACAUGCAGAGCGCUCUUUAUUUUAUAAAACUAUAAAAUUUCAUUUUUAUUAUUACUUUUAAUAACUAUUAUUGAACAUUUUGUGAUCUUUAUUAGAUCUAUAAUUUUUUUUAAUUUUGUUUCUUUUUUAUAGAUCUAAAAUAUAAAUGAAAAGAAAAAAAUAACUUGUUAUACUUACUGUUAUACUUAUAAAAUACCAAUUUGUCCUUAUAUACAUACGAAAAAUAAUUCUAUUAUACUAUAAUAAUGAUUAAUAUGUAAUAACAAAGAAAAAUACAUUUUUUAGUUCUUAGAUUUUAUGUUAAAUCAUUAAAAUAUGUUAUAUUAUUACGCAUAGAUUAAAAAACCAGAAAAGAAAAUAUUUAGUUUAUCAUCCCUCAAUGAAGAAAAAAAUCUAAUUUUAUUUAUGUUAUGUGGUAUUUUUUUUUUAGUUAAAAAGAAAAAUAAAAUAAAAACAAACUUUAUUGAAGUUCCUUUAAAA